CAGGCAAUGGUUAUCGACUGAGCCUCAUGAUUUGCUGUGUGUGCUGUAGCUCAGCGUUUCUGCGACACUGACCUUUUUAUCAAAUUUGGACUGUGUGCGUUUCUGUUUCUCUGUUUUAAAACAGCGGAUUUCCAAACUGGUGCACAAAGUUUCCUGAAUAAUUUCUUCCAGACUAUGUCGUUGACCAACACAAAGACGGGCUUUUCUGUAAAGGACAUUUUGGACCUCCCUGACACGAACGAUGAAGAAGGAUCUAUCACAGGAGCGGAGGACGACACAGAGGGAUCGGAACCUACAAAAACGCCUCGAGUUUUGGUGCAAAGUCCACUUGAAGGUGUUCAAAAUCUGCCUUUAAAGAACCCCUUUUAUGAUAAUAGUGAAAAUCCUUACACAAGAUGGCUUGCCACCACAGACAGCAUCCAGUAUUCAUUGCACGGUCUAUCCGCUAACUCACAAGACUCAUCAGCCAAAUCGCCAGAGCCUUCCGCCGACGAAUCACCAGACAACGACAAGGAAACUUCGAGCAACGGCAGCGACUCCGGUAAGAAACGCAAGAGGAGAGUGCUGUUCUCCAAGGCGCAGACUUACGAACUCGAACGCCGCUUUAGGCAACAGAGGUACCUUUCGGCACCCGAGAGAGAACAUCUCGCUAGCUUGAUUCGCCUGACACCGACGCAAGUGAAAAUUUGGUUCCAGAACCACCGAUACAAAAUGAAGAGGGCUCGCGCUGAGAAAGGUAUGGAAGUGACCCAUCUCCCCUCACCACGACGGGUGGCCGUCCCUGUAUUAGUCAGGGAUGGUAAGCCCUGCCACACGCUAAAGGCUCAGGACUUGGCGGCCACUUUUCCGGCUGGAAUACCCUUCUCCGCAUAUAGCGCCCAGUCCCUCCAGCACAUGCAAUAUAACGCCCAUUAUAGCGCCGCCACUACACCACAGUUCCCUUCGGCACAUCACUUGGUACAAACGCAACAGUGGACUUGGUGAAUAAGACUGAAUGGAUGGGCUUGAUUUUGGGACUGGGAUUUGAGUUUCACAAACAAAACAAAAGGAAAAGACUUUUUUUCUGCGGCUUGACCCAUUUCAACCGUUUCAUUUUGAGGCUGACGUAUGCGUCAUGUUUACAUUUUUUUCCGUUCAGCAAACCGGGUCCAGCCUCUCCUUAGAUCUAAGAAUGUCAAUGCUCUUGUGAAAUUUUGUAAAGUAUGUUUGUGUGUUGUAGAAAUGUUUUGUCCUUCGUGUCCCCAGCACGUAUAAAACCACUUUAUAAUUACAGAAAAUUUUAUUUCGUGCUUUUACAAUGGACCGAAAAUAUUUAUGGCCAAGAAUAAAUACUGGCAACUUUUAGCCAAUUACUUUGGUUUCUGUUCCUUGUAAAUAUUUUUUUUGUGGCAAUUGUUUGCAAUACAGUUACGUUUCAGGGCGUGUAGCUGGAGACAUGGAAUAUUGAAAGUACUAUUGAAAGUUCAAAUUAAAACAAAUGUCAAAGCUGUCCAUACUGACCCAUCGAAUUAUGUGAAUAGUAAUUAAAACGCGCGUUGAUUGCGAGAAA